AUGCUGGAAGCUCUAGUGCACCACCCUCUCCGAGUAAGCGUGCACCGGAUCCGGAUCCCGCAACCGGAGGCGCACGAAGUUCUGAUCCAAGUGCACGUGUCCGGGACGAACCCGAAAGACUACAAACGGCCGGCCUGGAACGCCGAAUACAACGGGAGCAACCAGGGCGACGACAUCGCGGGGGUGGUCGCAGCCGUCGGCUCGUCCGUGACCCAAUUCAAGCCGGGCGACCGCGUGGGCGCGUUCCACCGCAUGCAGUCCCGAGGCGGGUCGUACGCGGAAUACGCCAUUGCGCCGGAAUACUCGACGUUCCAUAUCCCGUCGACCACGAGCUUCGAAGAGGCCGCGACGAUCCCGCUGGCCGCCAUGACCGCCGCGCUGGGCUUGUUCGUCAGACUGGGCCUGCCUGAGCCGUGGCUCGCCAAUGCCCACCCGGACACACUGCCCAAGGGCGGACUGGUGGUUUACGGCGCGGCGAGUGCCGUGGGCGCGUAUGCGGUGCAGCUGGCCGUCAGGGCGAGCAUUCAUCCUAUCAUCGCCGUUGCGGGGAAAGGCAUCCCGUUCGUCCAGAAUAUGUUGCAUCCGAGUCAAGGUGAUGUCGUGGUCGAUUAUCGCCAGGGCAAUGAGAGUGUGGUCGACGCCAUCAGGGCGGCGGUGCCGAAGGGCCAGAAGCUGGAAUAUGCCUUUGACGCCGUGAGCGAGAAGGAGAAGUCGUCGUAUGCCAAUAUCUGUCAAGUGCUGGAUCAUGAUGUAGGCCGGUUGACUCUGGUCCUGCCCGCCGCGAAGGAUGAUCCCGAUAUGCCGGGAACGGUGACCACGACUUUGACCAUGGUCAACUCCGUGCAUGCAGGUGGGCCGGAUAGGGACUUUGGGUAUGCGUGGCUCAGGCUGUUCGAGGCCGGCUUGAAGGAUGGCUGGUUCAAACCCCAUCCAUAUCAGGUCGUCCCCGGUGGUUUGGACGGUGUCGAGGAGGCGUUGAGAAACCUCAAGGAAGGCAAGGCCAGCGCCACCAAGUAUGUAUUGAGGAUCGCCGAGACAAAGGAGCUGAAAGAUACGACUUCGUAG